AUGCCAAACUAUUGUCCCGCCUUGACCAUGAACAUUUUGAAGAGCACCCGUUUGCUAGAUCGAAAUUGUCUGCGUGACAAGAUCCAGGGACUGUCGCCUCUGCUACGGACUAUGGACUGGCCACCAAACAGGGACUCGGUGUUCCGGGCCACUUGGAGCUACUAUGCUAACGGCUGUCAGGAGCGACUGACGGGCAUUCGCAGGCGCAUCGAGCAGAACGCUAGAAUUGUGGCUCCAAGCCAAGAGCCAACUACUCAACUUACUGUGGACUUAAAGUUGCCCCACAAUGGACAACAAUUGCCGCCAGGAGUUGAUUUAGAUGAGCACAUUUAUCAGGAGCUGGUAUCCUGUUUCCGGAACGCAAAGAGCUCUGUUUCACAACAGAAAACUUCGGCGAAGCGUUCAAAAGUUCAGAAAUAUUUUGAUAUGCACAAGUUUUCCACACCAGAACAAUGGCAUUCCUGGAAACGUCAGGAGCUGCAAGUUGAUCAAAUGCUACAGAAUUCUGAUGAUCCCUAUUUGAAAGAGGAAAUGCUCAAAAAACUACAUCGUCUACGACAACUCACCAAACUACAACCUCUAGUGAUGCUUCCAAAUCAGGAAGAACACAAUAUUGAAAAACACAAUGUGUCCUUGACAAGGAAACGAAAGUCCAGACAAAAGUCUAUAAGUAAAUUAAAAGGCGAAAGCGAAUCAAGAAAAAAUAGCACAAAUAUAACAGAUAUAAAUAGAACUCAUAAGGACCCCAGUAAAACUUCAAAGAUACAAAACCCCAGUGAAACCGCGAAGAUACAAAAUUUGAGUUCAAGAAGUAGUAGUAAAAGAAGAACAAAAUCGGUACAUAGCAAGCGUUCUUCCGGGAAAUCGGCAUCUAGUACGAUAUUGGCAUACCAUCCAAGUCUGGAAAGUAUCGUCAGCUCAAUACGUUCUACCAGAUCGUAUCGUCCAUAUGUCAAACGAACUGUAAAAUCGGAUCAAAGUAGUGAUAGUGGUGGUAUUUUCGGAAUCGAUGAAUCCCCACAAUUAAAUGAGGAUACCACGUCGGUGGCUUCGGAAAAACUUAAAAAAGCUAAAAAUACCCAAUUACGAAAGAAAGUCAAGAAUCAUAAGUUAUUUAAGGAACGAAAAAAUAUAAAAAAAACUAAAAGCGAAAAUCCAAAAGUUCACAAACAUUCAAAACCUCCCAAAGCGUCAAGUCAGCAUUCUGUACAGAUCGACAGCAAAUUGGAUUCUAAAAACGAAUCAUUUUUGAAAAGCAAAGAAAAAGCAUCUAAACAACGAUCAUUCGGCUCCAAGGCAAAUCCAAAAGUUCACAAACAUGCUAAACAUCCCACAACCUCAAGUCAGCAUUCUUUAAAGGUCGACAGCAAAUUGGAAUCUACAAACGUAUCAUUUUUGAGAAGCAAAGAAAAGGCAUCUAAACAACGAUCAAUGGGCUCCCAGGCAAGUGUAAGAAAGUCAAAAUCUGAGGGGACCAUCGAAGAAGCAAAAUCUGUGGAGCUGAGACAGAGUUUCGCCUCCAAAAGUAUGUCACAAUUUUUGAGUAAAUUGCCAACGCCAAAUUCGAAUGAAUACAUAGAGCAAAUCUCCAAAGGACUGCCAUCAAGCGAUGCAACACUCAUCAGGAAUUUACACAACAAAUUCAACGAAUCAGUCGUGUCACUGUACAGAGGUCAAGUCACCAACUCAAAUAGUGGAAGUGAGAUUCAGGAAAUCCAGCAAAGCUUUGUUCCCAGUGGCGACCACCACGGCUGGUCCUUACGUGGCAAAAAUAUGGCCUUCGUUAGGCCAACCACAUAUACCAGAAUAAGCCUAAGAAAACGAGACCAAUCUGAAGUGGCAGAGAAGAGUAUUGAAAGGAAAGCAUCUGAAACCACUGCACUGAGCUCGAUUAUAGCCACCCAGCCAAUUGCUAGGAUUACAAAAGAACCAGAGCUAAGACUGCAAUCGAAAACGAUUUCGGUUGAUGAAAUUCUUUCGUGUGUUGAAGCGAAACCUUUACUCAUUUCCGAUCUAAUAUCGGAAUUUAUGGUGGCUUAUGGCUCCAAAAUAAGUUUCUUUGAAACAUAUCCGGACCUAUUUAAAAGCAAUAAAUUGGAAACCUAUACUACGACUAAUGUGAAAGAAGUUCCCAAGAAGUGCAACAGGAAGAGGAAGGUAAAGAAAGUGAAGGAUGUGAAAAAGAAGACAUCGCAGCACUUUAGGAGAACCUGCUACCUAUGCAACUGUGUUAGGAGAAAACGAUCCGAAUUGCAGCCUUAUAUGCAGCGGAUGCAGAAGCGACGUCAACGAUUGGAACUGAAAACCUACUAUAUCCAGAGGAUCUUGAAAUGUCGAGAAAAUCAACAGCAGCAUCCCCUGAAAGCCUGCACCCGCGAGGGACUAGCUAUUUGCUAUCAGACUCUAAAUCUUUGCCAGCAGAUAGUGGAGCAGAAGUUAUCGAAAAGAACUGAGGAAUGUCAAUUGAAAUGACUGAAUCCAAAAAAAAGAGAUUAUUCAAACAUAGUCAUUCCAUUUGUAGAGUUUUAACAUAUGUAAACUAAAAGCAGAAGUUGCAAACUUAGUAGAUCCAUUUGUCG